UUCACGCAGAGAAAAAGCAGGAGAAUGUGGGCUAUAUCGUGGGAGAGGAGAGUGCAAAGGUGACGGUUAAGCCUUGAAAUGGAGACACAAUUGCACAAAGGCAGACACACUCGCACAAACUCGGACAAAAUUGAUAUUGGCAGUGUUGUUAUGAGUCCAAGAGUCAGAGAACAGAGGAAGCAUGAAUUGGAAGGCAAAAGAGAAGAAGGAAUAAGAAAAGGACCAUGGAAAGCAGAGGAAGAUGAAGUGCUUAUCAACCAUGUGAAGAAAUGUGGCCCUAAAGACUGGAGCUCCAUUCGAUCCAAAGGCCUCUUGCAGCGUACCGGAAAGUCGUGCCGUCUCCGUUGGGUUAAUAAGCUUCGUCCCAACCUAAAGAAUGGGUGCAAAUUUUCAGUAGAGGAGGAGAGGGUGGUGAUAGAAUUGCAAGCACAAUUCGGGAACAAAUGGGCAAAAAUAGCAACCCAUUUGCCAGGGAGAACCGAUAAUGAUGUUAAGAACUUCUGGAGUAGCAGGCAGAAAAGGCUGGCUAGGAUUUUGCAAACAUCAACAUCAGCAGUUACACCCUCCAAAUCACACAAGAACAGAAGGGAAAUUCCAGUUUACCAUGACGAGGUUCCCAUUGUGGAGGUGUCAGAACAUAGAGAGAGUCCGAAGCACUCCUUUUUCAAAGAGAUUCCCAAGUUCAGUUGUUCAUCAGAGCGUGAAUCAUCAUUGCAGGCUGCAUCAUGCUCAUCACCUUGCAUUGGGAACUCUGAUGCACUCCAAAUGGUGCCAGUUUCAGGACUUCUUGACUCGAACUUGCUUGGUUUUGAAAAAGGCAACCCUGUUCAGCAGGAGCUAGAGCUUGCUCUACCUGAGAAGAAUCUAUGGAUUGAGUCCCAAUCUCUAAUUCCUUUCCUAGGGAACCCACAACUGCAAACAGAGCUUGAAUACUCAUCAGACACCCAUGAACUCCUGAAACUUGACUUCGACAUGUUCACAACUUUGGAGGCUGAACUUGGCAAACAACUUGACAUCGUGCCGCCAUUUCUUGAGCCAGUUGCAAGCUGCGGAAAUGUUGAGGGGGAAAAGAUUGACAACCCAAUAACCCCGGAUUGUGUGUUCGAUGACUUUCCAGUUGAAAUGUUUGAUCAAAUCGAGCCACUGCCAAAUGACUCCAAUUCAUCUCAUGAUUGA